AUGUUCGCAAUCUCCUGGGUGACGUACGCGGCGCAGACGGUCACUCACGGCAUUCGUCGCGUGCCCAACGAUAUCCUCCUGAACCCGAGCGCCCUCCCGCCCUCUCCGGACGGCAUCCUGGUCAUAAGGCAAACGCAAGACGCGCAACGCGAAGCCAUUCAUGCCUCAGAUCCCCCCUUUGGAUAUCAGAUGCGGAUCAACACCCGCAAAGACAUUCUGUCCACGGCGCCGAACACCUUUGCUGCCAACAAACUCGUCUACGCAGGGAAUGUCCCCUCUCCGCUCCUGCCUCGGCAUCACUGA